UAUUUUAUACAAUAGGUGCUGAUAGCAAACGAAAUACGUCUUCCGUUGGUACAAAAAUUAGUGGACAAUAAAAAUUUGGUCACCUAAUAGAAAAGUGUUUAGAGAGUGAGGGCUCAAAGUCAUCAGUUCAACUUUAUUUGGGAGAAGUAAUUUACGUCUAAACGUGGUAUUAUCAAUGUCUGGCUCCAAUAAACAACGGAAUAAGCCAAAAGUGACAAUUCAUUUUAUGUUAUAGUUGAGGUACAUAUUAAUUUCAGAGAUAUAUAUCAUCAAUCAAGUGGAUGUUUUUAGACUAAUUUAUUUCCAAUUACAUGUAAUCGUUUAAUAACUACGAUCAACAUGAUCCUUUCCAUCAUACUCGAUGAGCUGCCGUGAGAUAUCUAAAUUAUGCAUGUUUUCAUGGGUUUCUUAUAACUUGCAGUUUUGUGCGUAAUUAAAUAAAAGCGAACCUUAUGAGCAUAAUUAAAUAAAGAAAUCUAUGAAACUUAACAAAACUUAAUAAGCUAUUUAUGGAAAAAGGUUGAAAACUCUUGAAAAAUGAAAAGUGAAAACCCUAAAACUAACCAUAUAAUUAAAAUACGAUAAGCAUUAAAAUACAUAAUUAAAAUAAUUACAAAUAAUGCGUGUUUAUCCUAAAUGUACGUUCAUCACCUCAUCAUCAACAUUCAACACCACUUCUUCUUCUCCGAUUCUCUUACAGAGAACCAUUAUGGCAUCAGUUUUGGCGAAAACGAAGAGGAAGAAGAUUAUAUUUCCCACAAAGAAUGAAUUGUCGGAGGCUAUGGCCGAGUACACGGCCAAUCUCUCCGCCAAGUUCUGCAAGGUGAGAGGUUACUUCACCGUAGUUCUUUCCGGUGGCGACCUCAUCUCUUGGCUCAGUGAAUUGGUGGAACCAAUGUAUCAAGAAAGCAUCGAAUGGUCAAAGUGGCACAUUUUUUGGGUGGACGAGAGAGUUGUUCCAUUGGACCAUAAGGACAGCAAUUACAAACUCGCUUUUGAUGGUUUUCUCUCCAAGGUUCCGAUUCCAGUUGCGAACAUACAUGCAAUCGACAAAGACUGUGCAGCCCUUGGUGAUGCCAAAGGUGCCGCAUUACUCUACGAAGAAUGCCUCAAAAGACUGGUGAACCGAGACAUCAUCCGCACAUACAAAGCCUCGGGCUUCCCUCAAUUCGAUCUCCAACUCCUAGGGAUGGGUCCAGAUGGUCAUAUGGCAUCUUUGUUCCCGGGACAUUAUCAGAUCAAGGAGAAGGCAGAUUUGGUAACUUAUAUCACUGAUUCCCCAAAACCGCCACCAAAGAGAAUCACCUUCACAUUACCGGUCAUUAACUGUGCUUCCUAUAACCUCAUGGCCGUAUGUGAUGAGGCUCAAGCUGAUGCGGUAGCUAAGGUUUUCAGCGAUAACUUCGACUUGCCUGCUGCUUGGCUCACAGCUGACAAAGAAGCCAUCUGGUUUCUUGACCAAGCCGCUGCAUCAAAGAUCCCGAAAGGACAUUGAUGUCGUGUUUAGUUGGGUUCUCUUCUAUUUGUAUCUUAUGUUACUGGUUUCUAUUUGAUGGUUUUCAAUAAAAGCUGUGUGUUUGGAAUGUAAGAUCUAGUUGGUUCGGUUUA